ACUCCCGAAGUCCACGAUCAAUACCUAUGAUAGUACACCAAUAAAAUAGAUGGGGAUACGUGUAUCCAAACAUUUGUCCUUCCAAGUUGAUGCUUUUGUUUGUUUGAUUGAGCAGCAUUAACACGAAUGAGGAUAACAACAAGAAACAGAAACGAACACAAAACAAAAUGAUAAUGAAAACGAUAACGAAAACUAAGCGUAAACGUAAAGCGACAAAACUAUAGUUUAUACAUAGUAUUUAUAUGAAUCCGUGUAUUGUAUAUGAUAUGCUGUCUAAUCCCUAAUCCUAACACAUACCCAUUACGUCUAUAAUUUGAAUAUUUUAUUUAGUUGUUUAAACAUCCGUGCGUAAAAUGCGAUAUAUAUAACUCUAUAUUAUUAUUAUGAGUAAAUUAAAUAAUAGUUUUUAAUAGUUUUUAAACAGAAACAAAUGGCAAAGCUCUCAAGUUGUUAUUUUAUUCAAUAUAGUAAACACCUGACUGUCAGGUGUUUGGUGCUGGGUGGUUUUUCACUUGCCAUGGCAACCGAUUCAAGGACCAAACAAAUGUUGACUAUGCAGUUUAGUCACUUCUUUCAAUCGUAGCUAAAAUGUCGGUGGAAGACUCCUGGGUUUUCGAUUCGCUGGUGUGCUUCCUGCACGGGCCCAUUUGGAAUGCUCCGCUCCAGACGUUCAUAGAGCAAAAGUCCUUAGUCUUCGAUCCCAACCAGCAGUUGGAUGAGAACAAUCCGGACAUACUGCAGAUACACGAGGAAUACAAGAAUCUGGUGGACUACAUGCUGGGCAGCUUCAUGGAGGAGAUGCAGAUAUCACCGGAGCAGUUCGAGAUGGCCUGUCUGGAGGGUAGGCAGCAGGGUCAGGGCGAGAAUCCCUUUCAUUUCCACCAGGUGCUUUUCCAGCAGAUAUGGGCCGCCAACGAUCUGAAGAUAUUCAUACGCAUGAUGACGCAACGCAACGUGGAGCUUCAGCUGCAGGCCCUGGAUCUCAUAGAGAAAAAUCAAUUAGCCCAUGGUGGCGCCGAGGAGGGGGACGACCGCAGUGCGGACGCGAGCUCGGAUCCAGGGGAUACCGCCUCCGAGGUGGAACAAAUGAUAGCCAAGACGGUGUCUGACGAACUGGAGAGCCCCGAAGCGGCCCUAACUCCAGAGCAGGAGCCCAAUCUGGAGCUGGUCAACGACAAGUUCCAGCGCCUGAAUCUGUUCUUCGAGCAGGAGGAUCGCGUGGACCCCAGUGAUGUAGUCUCGCGGCAGGAGUACCUGCGCCAACAGCGUGACAAGAUUGUGGAGAUUAAGAAGCAGACUCGUGCGAAGCAACUGCAGGAGACCAUGUCCCGAGGUACUCCACAUGCACCGGAAGGAGCGCGUCCCAGCUCCGCGUUGGUGGCCCAACAGCUGCUCGAGAACGGCGGCCAGACUAAGGAGCUCUCGAUGCCGGCACCACUGGAAGCUGAGGAGAACGCUGCCCUGCAACUCAGACGCAAUCUUGCCAAGCGCUUGCGCAGCGAAGUGGUUGAGCAGAAGUGAAAGAAAAAGAACGCACUUUUUUCCCU